GAUGUGUGUUGUUAUUAGAGACAACAUAAUUGUAUUAUUAGUUCCUUUUUUGUAAUGAGAUGCAAUUUUAAAUGAAGCACAACACAUAGAGAAUAAUCGCAAUUAGAGGGAAAUGGACCUAAAUAAUGUAAAAAAUGGAUCUGAAGAUAAUGGAACACAGAAGACACAAGCUGAGACAAUUGCAGAUACGUCUAAAUUAGGAAAGCGUAGAAAUUCCACCUCACCAUCACUGACAGAUGAACCAGUCACGAAGAAAAUCAAAACUGACUGUGAUACACCGGAAAAUGAAGAAGAGAACGACGAAGAAAAUACACCACUACCUGUAGAAACCUCACCAUCACUGACAGAUGAACAAGACAUUAAGAAAAUCAAAACGGACUGUGAUGAACCUGAAAAUGAGGAAGAAAACGACGAUGAAAACAUAACCCAACCUAUGAAAAAAAGAGUAGAAGCGGAAGAGUUUCCGAAGUUGUACCGAUUGCUUCAUGAGAAUGAAGAUAUAACUAAAGGAUUAUCAGCAAAAUCACCAGGCGCGAAAAAAGAUGUGGCUACUCAUGUUGCAACCGGAAGCAAAAGAGGUUGUUCUUCUCAGUAUAUUUCAACAUGUGCGUCUCUUUACAAAGCAGAAUCGUUUAGGAAUUUGAAACUUAACAGUGGAUAUAAAUGGGGUAUGAAGCAUAUUGCUGAAAUCGACGUUGGUAGUUUACCAGAAAAUGUAAAAAUAAUUGAUUUGAGAACAAAUAAAUUGAGGAAAGACCACGAGAAGAACGACAAGGAGGUAAAUGAAAAAUUUCACAAAUUUGCAGAUAGUCAUCAGUAAGUUUUACUGGUGGGUAAAGUACCAGCCUCAUGUUUAAAAUUAAUAAAAUUUACUGGAGUUGUUCCAGACUCAGACGACAGUUGUAGUGACUCCGAUUAUUCUGCAAAUGAUGGGGUUGUUUCAUGCAAAACAAGUUGAAAUUGAGAUUCAGACUGGUAAAGGUUCCAGGCAGAAAUAAUGUAUAAUUGAAAACAACUGAAAACAUUUAUAAAACGAAUAAUAAAAAAUGUAAAUAAAUAUUUAGAUACAAUUUAGACAAAACUUGUAUUUGCUUCAUUAACUGGU